AUGUUAAUAAUGGUAUCCUGUGAGAUGUCCACAUGGUCAAGGAUGCUGUGGAUAAUAUGACAACACAGGAGAGUUCACAUAACUCGGAGGUUUACUGAUGUCUCUGCCAGGUAAAAGCAAACUGCUUUUGGUAAUCCACACUAACUGAUAUAAGGAAAAGCAUCUGUCACCUGUAGACCACACAACAGGGACUGUGUUCAUUUGCUCUAGCAAACAUACGACACCAGGAGAAGUUACUGUGAUUGAAGUCACCACUUGAGAAACUUUACAGUGAUUCCCAGGCAUUCAACCAAUGAAUCUGUCUCUUAUACCAGCCAAACAAGCAAAGGUAUCAAACAAUCUCAGGACACAGUCAUCCUACUAUACGACCACAGAUCCUCCCUUGGGGUGACAUAGACUCCUCUUCAAUCAAGGGACUCCAGGAGAGAAUGAAUUCUAAGUGGAAAAUGCUGUUAUUAACUUCAUUUGCUUUAUUGCUGAUGUUGAUUAAGCAUCGCUCCCGAAUAAAGAACCACCUAGAGAAGAUAGAUCUCUGCUGGGAAAAUGAAAAAGAACUUCGGCUCUCAGACUGGUUUAAUCCCAAAAAACGUCCUGAUGUGAAAACGACAACUGAUUGGUUUGCGCCGAUCAUCUGGGAAGGAACUUACAACAGACAAGUCCUGGAAAAGUACUACAAAAGGCUGAACAUUACCAUAGGCUUGGCUGUAUUUGCUACUGGAAAGUUUGUGGAUCAGUACCUGGAAAAGUUCCUCCAGUCUGCUAAUAAGCACUUCAUGAUUGGCUACAAUGUUAUCUUUUACAUCUUGAUGGAUGACUUCUCCAAACUACCUCCCAUAGAGUUAGGGCCCCUUCGAACAUUUAAACUAUGUACUGUACUCAAACAACAUGUGUGGAAAGACUUCAAUUACAUAUACAUGAAAAACCUGGAUACGUACAUCAUAGAACAUAUCCAACAUGAAGUCGACUUUCUCUUCAGUAUGACUGUAAACCAGAUCUUCAAGAAUGACUUUGGGGUGGAAACCCUGGGUGAGUCUGUAGCUCAACUCCAUGCAUGGUGGUAUUUUAGACAUGCUGAAGAUUUCCCCUAUGAGAGAAGACCUAAAUCAGCAGCUUUCAUCCCUUUUGGAGAGGGAGAUUUCUAUUACCAGAGUGCAGUUUUUGGUGGCACACCCCGUGAGGUUUUAGCCUUCAUUAAAGAAUAUCAAAAAGGAGUUACCAGUGACAACAGAAAUGGACUCAAGAGCAUAUAUGAACAUUAUUUAAACAAAUAUUUGUUUAUCAAUAAACCCACUAAGUUGUUAUCACCAGAAUACAAUUGGGAUCCAAAUUUUAGAACUCCCCCACAAAUUAAACAUGUGAAGAUAGCAUGGCAUUCAAAGAGCAUUUGAUGGUUGUAUCAUUAGGUUUAUGGAUUAAUAAGUGAAUCACAAUAAUUCCUCAACUACGAAACAUUAAACGUCUCCGUGUUUUUGGAAACUUACAAAAAUGUGCAAUCUUCCAAAAUAAAUUGUUUUUCUCCUUGCAGUUUUAAACCAUCUAAA